AGAAACGUGUUUAACAAUGUCAUAUGUAACUUUAGAGACGGUCCCUUAAUUUCCUCAUUUCCGGGAAUAUCGAACAUCACACCCACUUUAUUCCAGUACCCGGAGUACCCGGAGAAAACCCGCGCGCGCACACCGGGGGGAAUUGAACCCUCAACCCUGGGUGUGUGUGUGUGUGUGUGUGAGGCGAACAUGCUGACUGCUAAGCCAGGAAUUACACAAGGAUUUUUUAUUUUACUCAGACUGGGCGCCAUUUUGCCGCGCUGUGUUCCUGUGCGCGAGAGAGUUGUGAUUGGGCUCCGCGCGCCGCCAUUGGAGCCAAUCAGCGGUGAUAAUAGCGGGAAGACGUGUAGUGUUGAGCCUUGUUUCUGAAUAGACUCUGAGCAUGGAGCAGUUCGCCGAGUCGACGAGCGGCGGAGAGCAGAUCGUGGUGCAGGCGUCCGGUGGAGCGGUGCAACAGCAGAGCACAGUGACUGCAGUGCAGCUGCAGGCCGACGGCCAGGUGGAUGCGGGUGCGGGCCAGCAGGUUCAGACGCUCCAGGUUCAAGGGCAGCCUUUAAUGGUGCAGGUCAGUGGGGGUCAGCUCAUCACCCCUUCCGGGCAGCCCAUAAUGGUACAGGCCAUGCCGGGAGGACAGGCGCAGACGAUCAUGCAGCUACCGGUGACGGGCUCGCAGGGUCUUCAGCAGAUCCAGCUCGUGCAGCCAGGACAGAUUCAGCUCUCAGGAGGUCAAACGCUGCAGGUACAAACAGCACAGGGACAAACUCAGCAGAUCAUCAUCCAGCAGCCGCAGACUGCAGUGACCGCAGGACAGAACCAGCCUCAGCAGAUCACAGUGCAGGGUCAGCAGGCUCAGACGGCGGAGGGUCAGACCAUCCUGUACCAGCCGGUCAACGCCGAUGGAACCAUCCUCCAGCAGGGCGUGAUCACUAUUCCGGCUGCCAGUUUAGCAGGAGGUCAGAUCAUCCAGGCGGGUUCAAACGCGAGCGGCACCGGGGGUCAGGGCACCGUGACUGUCGCCGUUCCCGUCACAGGAAACAUGGUCAACGCUGGAGGAAUGGUCAUGAUGGUCCAAAGCGGCGGCUCUGUCCCGACCAUGCAGCGGAUCCCUCUCCCCGGAGCUGAGAUGCUGGAGGAGGAGCCGCUCUAUGUCAACGCCAAGCAGUACCACCGCAUCCUGAAGAGACGCCAGGCCCGCGCCAAGCUGGAGGCCGAGGGCAAGAUCCCCAAAGAGAGGAGGAAAUACCUGCACGAGUCUCGUCAUCGGCACGCCAUGGCGCGGAAGCGUGGUGAUGGCGGGCGCUUCUUUUCGGGGAAGGAGAAGGACGAGCUGGACGAGCUGGACGUGCAGGUGAGCGGGAGGCUCCAGAUCAAUCCCAGCACUGAUUGGACUGCCUUCUCAGCCCCGCCCCCUGGGAUAAAUAUCGCAGGCUUUUAAGCAAUACAUGUUCACUUUUGCCAGGCAAAGAAGACUGCGCACAUGCGCGUGCUUGUGUGUGUGAUAAUCCUGUCAGGCUUUUUCACAUGCAUGCAUCUUUUAUUAUUGCUGAGAAUGUGUGGCUCGAUGCUGGAACUGUAGAAUAAUCAGAAUUUCCCUAAAACGCUGCAGCAGCCGUGGAAUAUUUCAAGUGGGACGUUUGUUAAUAAGUGCUUUUGUGUAUUUGGUUGGAUCUGAGCAGUGACUGGAGGAUGCCGUGAUACACGCCUCUUAGAUAAGAAGGGCUUAAUUUUUUUUGCAUGAUUAACUUAAUAAUAAUAAUUAUUAUUAUAAUUAUGUAAUAAAUACAUAGUAAAUAUGUCCAGCACUUUAUCCUUACAGUCACUGUUUCAGAGCCAAAACUCGUCCGCCUGUAUGGCACUGUACUGUACGGUGUGUGUGUGUGUGUAUAUAAUGUCUUAAAACAGCCUUGAGCACAUCAUUGCGAGUGCUUACAUUUAAAGCUCUCUCGCUGAUAGAAAGUCGAAAUUACACUGGACUUGAAUCUGACUUCACUUGAUCUCCGUAAAGUCAGUAUUAUAAUAUUGUCCUUCCAUAUAAUUUCUUAUUAUUCCAAGCUGAUUCGCAGCGUCAUCCAGCUUCAGGACUCGUUUGCAGGAUUUUGCUUUUCGCUGUAAAGUGUUCUGUGUCGUCUGCAUGCCUUGCCUGUAUCUGUAUCUCUGCCGCUUUCAGAGCUCUAGAUCAUUGCUUAAUUGUUUGUCAUAAGUUAUAUUUGCAUGUUUAAAAGUGUUUAUAGAAAAGAAUGCACGCAGAACCGAGCUUGCGUUGUGACCUGCUGUAUAAAACGAGCCGUUUUGUCAUAUUCGUAGUCCUGCUAUUUUCUUGUACUGUUACUUUUUUUUUUUUUUUUAAUUUGCAAAUAAACACUUUUUUAUAUUUUGA